AUGAAUCACAACCAAAGGGGACGAAUACCCAAACACAAAAGAUCAAUGUUGAGUAAAGAAAAGUCAGAUGGCAGUAGUACUAGAGAGAUGGUAGUUGUAUCCAGGGAGAGAUUAUUAGAAAUGGAGGAAAAAUUACGGAUUUUAUCAGCGAGUAAGUAACCUUUUUUCAAUCAUUUUUCUCAGAAAUUUCAGAUUUUCAUUCAUUUUGGAAGCUGAAAUUUGCAAUAGUAGACACUUAUAAAUUUAAAAUUGAAUACUUUAUUUGGACCAAACUACCCCUGAACCAAAACAUAUGGGAAUUGCACCAUUUGUGGAGGAACGGGUGCAAAGGCAUCCUCAGCUUCUGAAUGGAAUAUCUGAAAGAAUAAGAAUAUGCAAAUUAAAACCAAUCAAACUUUUGGGCUUCCUGUUGAAAUGUAAAUUACUGAAUAAAGAUUGCUGGCCAAUUCCACCUCGAACCCCCACUGGUUAAUGAAUCAAUACCUCCAAAUAAAAACUUUAUUGAUGUGUAUCAAAGACAGAUAUGCACUUGGCAACUUUACUCUUCGACUUUUUAAAUAACAGGCAUUUUGUAACAACCUGAUGGUCUGACGAGACUCUUAUUACAGGCAAUAAAAACAAACUUAUACAACUGAUAGUAUCAUUGAGAAUGAAAGUCAAACUUGUUUCCAUAGCCUGUAUCCCCAAGGAACAAGACUGAACAAAACUAGAUGACUUAAUCAAAAUAAUGAGAAGAGUUUUGUUAACCUUGCUAUGAUAAUUAUCAUACAUUGUGGCAGAAGUAAAUAUGAAACUUGUUUUUGAGAACUACCAUCAGGCUUUUACAUAAUGAGCCUCUUAUUAUUAUGGCUUGCAACAAUAUAAAAUUUAGAUUUCACUUGAAUGCAAAUUUUAUUUCCCACCCAAUGUAGGAUGUGAUAUGACAGAGGAAAUAGCACUGGUCAAGAAAAAGAUUUAUGAUGACAUAGUAUUUAACAAGGCAGAAACAGUGUAUGAUCCAGACAGUUUUAGAGAGUUUUGCAUAUCAGCAGGUGCAACAAAGUUAUUCGACACUAUUCUGGAUUCAGUCACUGGUUCUCAGCACUCAACAGACCGCAUACAUCUAAACAAAAGAGGGUUGUCUCAUUCAUUUACAAUUUGUGCUACUGCCUCAGCCAAACAUGCAAUCCUCUUCAAAUGGACCAUGCUCUUUAUCUCAAGAGUAAUCUCAUAAAUCAAGAGAGCAUUGAAACAGAACAUAUCAUGGGCAUACAUGUUCCAGAAGAACUUUAAACAAUGUUAUGCACAAAAUGUCAGUCUCAUUUCAAAUCUUUUGAAGAUUUUAUAACCACAGCUACAGAUCGCAAAUGGCUAACAGUGCUAAUAACCGAUGAUUUCACAGCCAUUCACACCAAAAGAAGGCCACAAGAGGAAAAAUUGUCAGAGGCAAAGACAAUGUGUACCAUAGUUGUUAAAGCUUUUAAAGAUAUUCCAGCUGUACCUGUAACGCAUGCCCUUUGUACUCAUGACCAAAAUGGUAUAGAUAUUGAAGCAUGCAUACAACUAAUUACUGCUGCAUCAUCCAUGCACAACAUCAGUGAGAGUUAUGCUUCUGUGAUGCCUGACUGGCUCACCAACGCAUUUUUUAAUCCUGAAUUUGAGAGACAUAGAAUCCACAUUCAUCAAUACUGUGACAGUGACAAUGUGCGAACAAUGCGCAAAAUGGAUGAUUUGCACCUAUUAGAUUUUGUAGAACUGAGACUGAAGUCAAAGGGGGACUUUGAUACUGCCUAUGAUGUAGCAAUGCACACUGGCUUGGCUGCUUAUUUAAAGAAAUUUAUUGUUUUUCAGCCAGGAGAUUGGCCAUGCCAAUUUUAUUGUAGACAAAUCAUAUACGAAUCACUUAAGAAAUUUGUCAGCUCUCAUCCAGGAUUUUCAGAUGCUCCUCUGCAACAGGACAAUAUUUUACCUGAUCAUUCCUCAUAUUCUUUUCCAAUGACAUCUGGUACUACUGACAAUCUCUUGAACAACAGCUUGCCACAAGCAACAUCACAGUCAUCCAUU